AUGGGAUCAAUUGUAUUUUUAUUAUUCGCAUUCUUAGAUGAAAAUGAGUACAUAGCCAACCAGGAAGAUAAAUUACUUGCAAAGAUGAGAAAGAAACAGGAACGAGAAUUGGAGCAAUUAAAAUUGUAUGAGCAAUAACAAACAGAACAAGAAAGAAGAAAAUAUUCUAUCUUAGAAUCAACACGUUCAAAAUAACAAUAAGUGGAAUUAGCCUUAAAGGAGAAGAAAUAAAUGAUAGAAAUAAAAAGAAAAGAAAAAGAGAAGGAAAAAUUACUUCAAGUACAAAAGAUGGAAUAAGAAAAACUAAAAGAAUUGACAGAAAGGGAAAUAAGCCGAGACUUGAUUAUAUAGGAAUUACAUAGCAAUAAAAACAGUCAAAAAAGCCCGAUCGCAGAUAAGGUUAAACCAUCUCUAGUAAAAAAAAUAGCUUAAGGAAUAAUAAAUACAUAAUAAGAAGAAAUUUUGAUGAAGAAAUUCUAAUUGGAUAAAUUAUAGAAGGAGCAGGAAGAGCAGAUCAAAGAUUUGAGAGAGAGAAAAGAAUAAUUAUUGAAAGAAUUAAAGUAAGCAAAAAAAAAGCAAUUAAAAAAAGUAAAGUAAAGAAACGAAGAAGAAAAACAUGCUUAUUAACAAGAGAAGCAAUAGAAAAUAGAUCAGUAUUAGAAAAAGUUAGAUGAGAUUGAAAUAACUUAGUAGGCUAAAAUUGAAUAAAUUGAAUAAAAAAAAAAGGAGAAAAUGGAAAAACUAAAGAGAGUGAUGGAGAAUUACAAAAAAAUAAUGGCUGAAAAGAACGAUAAAGCUUAAUUAAAAGUGUCUCAAUUAGAGGAGAAAAUCAACUAGAUUUCAGAAAAAAUGAAAUUUACAGAAGAAAAUAUAGAAAAGAUAGAAAAGGAGAAGUCAAGACAUAGAUAGAACAUAAAAUCAAGAAAUGGCAGUAUUUAAAAUAAUAAAUCCCAAACCUUUUAAGAUAAAAUUCGAUAAAAAGAAGAAGAGCAUCUAAAAUCUAUUACAGAAACUCAAUCAAUUUCUAAAAUCAAAUUGUAACAAGAAAAACAAAAAAAAGAAGAGCUGAUACGAGAUCAUAAAAAGAAAGCCGAAAGCAUCCUAAAAGAAAUGGUGGACAUUAAGAAUAAGAAGCUAAAAGAGAAAUUAAAUAAAGCAUAACAAUUUAAGGAUGAAAAAGAAAAAUUAUUUAUGCAAUAAUAAAAACUAGCUAGAGAACUCGAUCGUCAGAAGUAGAAAUUACUGUUGCACAGUCCCAGAUAUAAAGCAGAAGAGAAGUGA